GGCCCAUUCACCGGGGCGGGGCCACGUGGCGCCCCGCCCACUGCGCUGCCGUUGCCCUUACAUGGAAGUAUCCACCUGGCCAGGUGGCCCAGAGGGUGGAAAGAGAAGAGGACUUAGGACAGAACCUGCGGACCCCCACUAAUUCAAGGAUGUGAAUUUGAAGAGGAUCCCUUCGAGAGGCUAAGAAGGAGUAAAGAAAUGGAAAACCUGGAAGCAAGUGGAAUCUUGGAGCUAAGAAAAAUGCUUCAAGAAGGGGCAUGUGUGACAUGGAAGCAACCUAAGUAUCCAUCGACGGAUGAAUGAAUAAAGAAGAUGUGGUACAUAUAUACAAUGGAAUAUUACUCAGCCAUAAAAAAGAAUGAAAUAAUGCCAUUUGCAGCUACAUGGGUGGACCUAGGUUUGCUUCCAAUAGGUCUGCCUACCCAACUGAGGUGGUCCUGCAUCCCUUCUAGCACAGAGAUGAGUCCUCCUCAAAACCUGGAGAGAACAAGGACCCGGACAUCAACUUGCGGCUAAGCGGACAGGACCGUAUGAGGUCCUGCUAAAUACUCCCUCCUCUGUUAGGUUAGCCAGGAUGUAAGGCCAUGGAUUCACCAGACCUGAGGAAAAUUCGCUCCUCCAGAAACUGGACAGAAGAAAGAAAAGGGGACUUGGUCUUAUGAGCCAUUAGAAGAUCUUAAGUUGCUGUUUCGAGCCAAGCCUCCUACCAGAUAAGUAUGAAAAUGAGUGUGAGUGUCAGCUGCUGCUGAAAGAAAUGCUCAAACGGCUAAACAAGGAGGCAGAUGAAGCCCUGCUGAGUAACCUGCGCCUUCAGAUCGAAGCCCAGUUUCUGCAGGAUGACAUCAGUGCGGCCAAGGACAGGUACAAAAAGAAUCUUCUGGAGAUUCAGACCUAUGUCAGCAUCCUGCAGCAGAUCAUCCAGACCACCCCGCAAGCAGCCGCCAUAACCAGUGGCAUGAGGGAGGCGAAGCUCCUGACGGAAAGGGAGGUGGCCGCCCUGCAGAGCCAGCUGGAGGACGGCCAAGAGGUGCUCUGCCUCCUGCAGGCCCAGAGAGCCGAGCUGCAGGCCCAGACGGCGGCCCUAGAACAAGCCAUCAAAGAUGCCCACGAGUGUUACGAUGAAGAGAUUCAGCUCUACAACGAGCAGAUUGACACCCUGCGGAAGGAGAUUGAGGAGGCCGAGAGGAGCCUGGAGAGGUCGUCCUACGACUGCCGGCAGCUGGUGGUCGCCCAGCAGACCCUGCGGAACGAGCUGGACCGGUAUCACCGGAUCAUCGAGAACGAAGGCAACAGGCUGAGCUCCGCCUUCACUGAAACUCCGAUCACCCUGUACACCGUGAGCCACGGAGCCUCCUUCAGCCCUCGACACGGUGGGAAAGAUCUCACCAGGGCUGUGCAGGAUAUAACAAUAGCAAAACCAAGACAAAAAGGCCUCCCCAAGAACGUUCCAAGGAAAAAGGAGAUUAUAGCGAAAGACAAAGCAGAUGAAAGUCUGGAAGAGGCACCACUGAGAGGUCCUGAAGACCCGAAGCCAGGGCAGAUGGUACUUAAAGAAGAGGGUGAAUCUAAGCUUGAAUCAGGGGAUGGAGAAGCAAGUCCCCCGACCGUGGACGGGGCUCCGGAGGAUGUCCCAGACGGAGGGAAGAUAAGCAAAGCCUUUGAAAAACUAGGCAAGAAGGUCAAGGAGAGGGUGAAAGGCCCCAAAGAACCCGAGCCCCCCGCUGACCUGUACACCAAGGGGCGGUAUGUGCUGGUCUCCGGAGAUGCCAAUUUCGUGGACCCAGGCUUCUGUUCCUUGUCCGUCCCCGCCAAAGGGGGUGUGGUGGUUACCAAGGGGGACGACUCUGUGCGUCCUGACAGCCACGUGGAGCCCUCUCCCCAGCAGCCGGAGCCCCCUCUGGAGGACGGAGAGGGGCCUCCCCAGGGGACAGAAGAUGGUCUGGAGGACGGAGAGGGGCCUCCCCAGGGGACAGAAGAUGGUCUGGAGGACGGAGAGGGGCCUCCCGAGGGAAAAGAAGAUGGACACCCCCCUACCCCGCCCACUGCAGACAAGGGGGAUGAGAUGAAUGCCGAAGAACUGAAGGGCCCCCAGGGGAAACAGGAUGGCCAGAAGGAGGAGGAGGGGGCCGGAGAGCCCUGUCCCGCAGUCACGCCUGGUCCAGAGGGGCCGUCUACACCCCAGUCUCAAGAGCCUCAGGUCACUCAGGGUGAGUCCGACGGGCCUGGAGCUCGGAGAAGCAGCCUGCCGGCGAGAAGCCCUCCCAGGACGCUGGCCUAUGAGAAGGUGGAGGUAAUGGAAUCCGUUGAGAAGUUUUCCACCGACAGCAUCCAGACAUACGAAGAGACUGCUGUGAUCAUGGAGACCGUGAUCGAGAAGACGAAGGCAGACAAGAAGAAGCUGGAGGAGAAGUGCUCUUCCAAUGCCUAGGCUCGAGGGGAGAAAGUGCCUUUGGGCCACUGUUGGGAAGUGCUUGGAUAUUUUAGGACGAACCAUACAAGACUGAGGGUUCUUGUUUGGAUUAGACCAUAGUUGACCUGUCUGGCUUGCCAGU